AUGGACCCUACGAGCUAUCAUUGGACUCCAGCGGCAGAUAAUCCAUCAAUUAUCAAAACUGUUAGUUUCGUUUCGUCCGUGAUUCAUGUCGUAACUAACAAAAUUUGCAACGUUUUUGGUCGAUUGGAGAAUUUAUACUUAAUUGAACUGGGAAUAACUGAUGUCACUCCAGACGCUUUUCGUAAUUGCUCAAAUUUAAAAGAGCUCAAUUUGUUCAAAAAUCACAUCAAACAACUUCAUCCUUAUAUCUUUAAAAACUUAGCCAAUUUGGAGACUCUUAUCCUCAGUGAUAACCAAAUUGAAGCCCUUGAUGCUGGAAUCUUCGACUCUUUGGACAAUUUACAAAAUCUGAUAAUAACUCAGAAUAAUCUCACGGAAUUUCCGAUGGCUUUGAUCAAGUUUAACUGCCACUUAAAAAGUCUCUCAUUGUCCUCGAAUGACUUGCGAGACUUGGAAGUCGAGAAAAUGCUGGAAAUUUUGCCGAAUUUGAUGAAAUUGUGGUGGGAAGACAACGAGGUGUUGUGUAGUCGAGCAGUUUCGGCAAUUAAUUACAUGAUUUUUCGGGGAAUUAGUUAUUCAGGAGGUUAUAAUUACAAAGAACGAUGCUACCAGUCGGAAGUUGUGUGUGGUAAUUACAAAUGCAAGCCAGAUUAUGUUGGAUUAAAAAAUUGCAAAGCGGGAAAUUUAGUUCAUGAUGGUGCGUACCCUGUCUACAAAUGUGUAACUUAUGGAAUUUUCUUCGCCGAAUGUGUUUUUACGGGCGUCAAAUUGACCGCUAUUGACUUUAAUUGGACCCCAACUGCUGACGACACUUCCAUCAUUGGCACAAUAAAGUUCGUUUCCUCGAAAAUUCCCGUAGUGACGAACAAUAUUUGCACAACAUUUCCCAAGUUAAACUUUCUGAACAUGGAAAAGUUGGAAAUCCAGGAAAUUACCGAGAACGGGUUUCACAGUUGUAGAGCUUUACAAUUUUUGUUCCUAACUGGAAAUUACAUCAAAAAGUUUCAUCCAACUUCUUUCGUGAAUUUGAUCAAUUUGCAAUUUCUUGAUGUUGGAGAUAACUUGUUGACGGAAAUAACUUACUAUCGAACGUUUAAGGAUUUGAAAAAUUUGAGAAAUCUCGUUAUUUACGGAAAUAAUCUGAAAAGUUUUCCCGCAGAGUUGCUAAAAGACAAUCCCUUGUUGUCGAUUUUACAGAUUUAUUCGAAUGAUUUGCUAGAUUUGGAGGUUGAGCAACUUGUCAAAGAUUUGCCUUAUCUUUCAGCGAUUUGGUGGGAAGAUAAUGAAGUGCUUUGUAGUCGAGCUAUUGAGGCAAACAACUUUCUAAGAAGUCGCGGAAUAAGUAUCUCAAAUGGAAAUUCAAAAAAAGUUCGAUGCUAUCCGACGGAGUUUAUUUUUGGAAACUACAAGUGUCGAUCUAAUUACGACGUUCCAGUCUACAAAUGUGAAACCUCAGGAACUGUCUGUACUUUUACAGACGUAACUUUAACCGAUGACAGUUACAAAUGGAAACCAACGGCGGAUAAUCCAGCAGUCAUCGCACAUGUCAACUUUUCAUCUUCAGUAAUUCCCGUCAUUACGAGCGACAUUUGCAAGACUUUUCCAAACAUGAACAUUCUGGAACUGAACAAUUUGGAAAUUACCGAAGUAGCUGAAGAUGCAUUUCACAACUGUGCUCUGCUCAAUGUACUUAACUUCGAGAGCAAUCACAUCAAAAAAUUUCACCCGAAUACCUUCAUGUUUUUGAAAAAUCUGCGAGUUCUCAACAUUGAACAGAAUCAACUCAGUGAGCUAAAUGACUAUAAAAUCUUCAGCGAAAUGCCAAAUUUAUCGGAAUUGUACGUCGACAGUAACAAUUUGAUGGAAUUUUCUCCGGAACUAGUGAGAUACAAUCCUCAGUUGACGACCCUCAACAUUUAUUCCAAUGACUUGUCAGACUUGGAUGUCGAGAAACUUGUAGAAUUUUUGCCUAAUCUCGAAUUUUUGUACUGGGAAGACAACGAAGUGUCCUGUAGUCGUGCUGUUAAAGCCAAUAAUUUCCUGCAAUCCAAGGGAAUCACAUCGAUUGGAAAUGUCGAUGAAAAAGUUCGUUUUUAUCCGACAGAAAAAGUUUUUGAUACCUUCAAAUGCAAUCCAGACAUUUCAUGGAUGGCAUCGAACUACAGAAAGCAAAACUCUGAAUUGAAACUUCAAAUUUCCAAUCCUCCAAUUUAUAAAUGCGAAACUACAUGCGAGGACACUUUUUGUACAUGUAAAUUUACGGGAAUCGAAUUGACUGCAGAUAAUUUCGAAUGGACGCCAACCGAUGACGAUCCAACGUCAAUUACCAGAAUCGAAAUUUUCGCAUCAACCAUCCCAGUUUUCACGAAUGUACUUUGCAAAACUUUUCCCAAUUUUGAUUAUUUGCUAAUGGAAGCCAUUAAAGUCCAAGAGGUGACUGAAGAUGCAUUUCACGAUUGUUCCUCAUUGAAGGAAUUACACAUGGGCACCAACUUGAUCAGAAAACUUCAUCCCAAUACUUUCUUGUUUUCGAAAAAUCUGGAAGUUCUUGGCAUAUCACGAAAUAAAAUAAUGGAAUUUGACGACAAAAUUUUCAGUGAGAUGACGAAUUUACAACAACUUAGCGCAGGAGUCAAUAAUUUAACGAGUUUUUCACCGGAAUUAGUGAAACACAAUUCAAAGUUAACUAGACUUAGUCUCUCUUCGAAUGACUUAUCUGACUUAAAUGUGGAACAAAUAGUGGAAUAUUUACCAAACCUUAAAUUUCUCGAUUGGCAAGCUAACGAAGUGUCCUGUAGUCGCGCUGUUGAUGCAAAUAAUUUCUUAGCAGCAAAGGGAAUUAGCUUUUCUGGUGGAAUUGCCGAUAAAAUAAGGUACUAUCCAACCGGAACAGUGUUUAAUAAUUUUGUAUGCAAUCCCGAUACUUCAUGGAUGGCAUCAAAGUACAAAAAACAAAAUGUAAAAAACAACGACUUUGCUAACCAAAUUUUGAAGCUAAAAAAUGAAAUAAAAAAUGUAUUUACUACACUGAAAAAAAUUCAAGAGACUGUGGGAAAAAAUAAUGCAACCAUCAAGGAGGUGAAACAAGAUGUGAUUCAAAUCGAAGAAAGAAUAUCAAAAGUUGAAGGGUUUUUGGAUGAACUAACAGUGAAAACGUGUGAAAAAAAAUUCAUCUAA